GCGGCGCAGGGGCCGCCGGGAGCUGUAGUCAGCGGGAGCGGUAUGGGCGCGAAGCGGCGCGGGGCCGUGGCGCCGCCGCCGCCGGGGAAGAAGCGCGGGAAGCGGGAGGCGCGCGCCGAGCUGUGCGCCGCCCUCAGGGACCCGGCGCUGCGGGAGCGGGCGGCGGCAGCCUGGGGCCGCGGGGAGCCGCUCCGCCACGAGGCGGCGGCGGUGGAGCCGGCUCCGUUCCGGCACGGUGUCAUCCCCGGCUUCCUGGCGGGCCCGGCCUUCGCGGAGGCGUUGCGCGACGAGCUGCUGGGCCUCGGUUUCCGCGGGCGGCGUAACGACCUCCUGUCCCUGCGGCAGUCCGAGGAGCUGGGGGCAAGGCCGGAGCCCCACGUCGCCGCGCUGAGGCAUGCUCUAUGUGAAGAAUUCAGAGCGUGGCUUUCUGCUGUGACCCAGAUUGAGCUGGAGCCAACUAUUGACAUUUCUUGUGCUAAAUAUGAAUAUACUGAUGUCUUGCUGUGCCACGACGAUGAGCUGGAAGGUCGGAGAAUUGCUUUCAUCCUGUACCUCGUGCCACCCUGGGAGGAAGGUGACGGGGGAACGCUGGACCUGUAUAGCGCAGAUGAACACUUUCAGCCACAGCAAAUCGUCAAGUCAUUAGUGCCUUCGUGGAACACACUGGUUUUCUUUGAAGUGUCUCCAGUCUCUUUCCACCAGGUGUCAGAAGUUCUGUCUCAGGAGAAGUGCCGCUUGUCAGUGAGCGGCUGGUUUCACGGCCCAUCAAUAGUCAGACCUGCACGCCACCAUGACGCUCCCUUGCCCAGGAGCCCACACAUCCCCUGUGAUCAUGAAAUCUUGUAUGAGUGGAUCAAUCUAGUUUAUUUGGACAUGGACUCCCAAGCUCAAAUCCAGGAGGAAUUUGAGGAGCGAUCAGAAAUUCUCCUGAAAGAUUUUCUCAAGAAAGAUAAAUACCAACUACUGUGUGAAGCUUUGGAGAGCAAAGCCAUCCAGUGGAGUAGCCGGGGGCCUGCCAAUAAAAGACUCUAUGAGACAGCGGAGGAUGACAGCCUCCCUGACAUCCUGAAGAAGUUCCUGCACUUGUUACGCUCUGAGGCCUUAUUUUUACUGCUGUCCAACUUCACUGGCCUAAAGCUGCACUUCCUGGCUCCCUCUGAUGAGGAUGAAGAUGCUGGGGAAGGAAGAGCAGAUGACACUGCUGGGCACAGUGGUCCCAAACCUGAGCAGGAAGAGACUGAACAACACGCUGAGCACAGUCCCCAUCAGCCAGACCAGCCUGACAACAUCCCUGAAGCACAAGACAGCAAGAAGCAGAACGGUACCCCUGUGUGCGCAGGGGAGCUGAGGCGCUGGACCCAUGGGCACUACACUCUGGUCCACGACACUCAGGCAACGGAAUUUGCUCUCGACCUGCUCUUCUUCUGCGGCUGCGAGGACUGGGAUCCAGAAUAUGGUGGCUUUACUUCCUACAUCGCUAAAGGUGAAGACGAGGAGCUGUUGACAGUGAAUCCGGAGGACAACUGCUUGGCCUUAGUUUAUAGGGACAAAGAAACCAUGAAGUUUGUGAAAUACAUCAAUCACCAUAGCUUGGCACGCCUGAAAAAGCAUCCAAACAGAACAGGAUUUUGGGAUUUUUCCUUUGUCUAUUAUGAGUGAUGGCGUGUGACCAUCAUCACACAGAAAACAGUGGUGGGGGGCAGGUUCCUACCCAGGCACCAUUGCUGCUGGUAACUCCAUCACCCAGCGUCGCACGACUGUCAGCUUUCCAGCUGUUCUCUCGUGCAUCUCUAACCUAAGUACAAUUGUACAUUGACUGAUUUUAUUAAAAAAAAAAAAAAGUGGGUCAGUUAAAUGUUUCAAAGUCUGGUUGGGCAAGUUUUGUUACAAAAUGCCCAAGACAUUUUCUGGGGCUUAACUGUGUUCCCUGGUUGUAGAGGCAAAAAUAAAGGAGGUGCUAUGGGAAAUACGAGGUUUUUCCAGCUGCGCAACUCUGUGGAGUUGGGAAGGAGGACAGUGAGGCUACGAAGCUGCUGGCGCUGACAAGGACUUGGCCCUGUAACAAGGAGCAGGGCUAUGCUAAAUGCUGCACCAACAGACCCAGAUGCAGCCCUUUCUCCAAAGAAUUUACCAGCUAAAUGGACAAGAGACCUGCUCCUGCGUCCCUCUGUGCUUGCGCAGGUACCUGGAUGGCUCUGAGAAAGGGUUGUGGCUCCAGCAGUGGGCUGGGAGCAGGAAGGCAGUAACUCACCUCUCCCUGGCUGUCAUCCACUGACAGCGCAGCCUCACAUCCUCUCAGUUUUGUCCUGCAGGCUGCCAGGCUCCAGCACAGCUUUUGGCACCGGAGAGCAGCUCAGAUCUCUCCAGGCAGCAGAUAACCAGCUCCUGUGGUAACCAGCACAAGAAGUGCAGCGUUCAUGGUGCAGUACUUUCCCUUGGUGCACAUUUUCGGCACCGCAAGCAGGCCUGUGGGAGGUGUCCAGCCCACCAAGAGGUGCUGUUGCAGAGCCGUGCUGGCUGCUCCAGGAGGCAGAACACCACCCUGCAGAACGCCACCCUGCAGAACACCACCCUGCAGAACACCACCCUGCAGAACACCACCCUGCAGAAGGCUUGGCCCUAGCCUGCACGUGCUCAUCUAAAACUCUUUUUGCAGCAAGGGGACGCAGGUGUACUUUCAGCUCAUCCAAGCCAGGCCGUGGAUUUGCAGUGAGCUGGGCAAGAGUGUGCACAUCAUCCUUCCUGCACUGGGAGAGGGCAGCUUUGGGUUAGUCUGCUGCUUCUCCAGGUCCAGGCCUGCUGGUGAAGACCACCACAGUGGUAUAAGAGCAUCGCGGGCAGCAGAGGAGCAGCAAGCUCAAAGCAGAGCACCUCUCUCAGCUGUGAGAUCUACGCUAUCUUGUUCAUCCUGUGACCUGUCCCCCUCAGCUGGCUUCUCUGUGCACUGCCCAGACUUUCCUCCUUGGUCCUACUCUCCCUUCACUACUGUUUUAUGCUACUUACAGAGAGGAGGGGAUGAAGCUGGAAACAAAUCCAAGUGAGGACAGGACUCCCUUCUUUGUGAAUCACUGGUUUCGGGGCAGCAGCUGUUCUUCAGGUGAAAGAAGUUCUUCUGGGCUGCUCCAGUAGAAAGAGAUCAGUAAUGGAGUUUUCAAAGGAAAAAGAAAAAAAAAAGCAGCAGCAAAAUUGUUUGGGUGCUUUGGAACAAAGGUGACAGAUACCACAGCUUUUCACAGCAUAGUCAGCUAGGCAAAGUUGGGAGUAAAUUAAUUAACAAAACAAAGUUACUUAUUGUACUGCAGCACCAAGCUCAGAGCGUGCUGGGUAGAUCCUGGAACAGCCCCCAGAAGAGGGAAGGAGCUGGGCUCCCCGAGGCUUGCUGCUGUUCAGCAGGAAGUAAUGCACUAGAGGGCACACCAGCCUCUGCUUGAGCUGUCUACUGGUCACACACCCAACCACCCUUCUGCCUCCCGUGACCCGGGCGAAGUGAUUUAAAUUUGCAGUUAGGAUUCAAAGAUUUAAAAGUCAACAUGUCUCAGCUCUCCCGCCUUCCCUGUUCGGUGCCGAAAGCCAACGGCAGCCCCACACAGGUACCCUGGCGCCGCAGGUAUGCGGGGACGACUCCGCUCGCUGAAGUUUCAAACGACAGGAGCUGCUCGGGGGAGAGGGAGGGCUCGGCGUUUAGACUGUGCCGAUAAUGGGAACCCUCUCUAUAGAUGCUCUUGCUGGAUUCAAAUCUGUAUUUACAAUUAGGUGUAGCUGCUGGCAAAGUACUCUCAUCACUGUGGAAAAGAAUGUGAAAUAUAUACCUACCCACAAAAUCAGUAAGCAGGACAAUAUAGAGAAAUGGGAUUGAGAAAAGUAAGCAAAAAGUUACAGAACAUCUUGCAGUCGUCAGCUCGUUCCCCACCGGUGACUGUACCUCCAAAGCCUGGCACGUGAUGCAGGGUGCCAGCAGCUUUCCGUUACCAAGGUACUGGGUUACGCAAAUGCUCCACAACAGAUUUUUGGGGGUUUGGUGGUUAUCAGUUUGCCAAGUAGCUGAAAACAGGAACAAUUCAAUGCGGAGCAACAUAAAGCAGUCUACCCGUAGACCAGGCUAAGGGGAUGGUGUCUGCCUUCAUAAACACGCAGCAAAGAAGUUCUGACAUCGGCUAUACAGUGAAUUAGCAUUAAGAUAAGCAGCAAACCACGGGACUUGGAGAAAGAGGGGUUAAAACCAGAUAACCUGGUGUCAAACAUCGUUUCCAACUGUUUUGGAACUCCAAGCAGGAACUUGAAUUAGGACAAUGCAAAUCACCCUCACACAGAUCGCUCUGCAGCGAGUUCCCGGCAGCAGAGGGGCCGUAUGAGGAAGGGUCCAGCCCAAAUGAAGUUUCAGGCGGGCAGGACAGCGGUCCAGACCUGAUCCCCAGCGCCUGUACCAAGGCGUGGUGCCAUCUAAACCGCCUUGCCAGUGAUUUUUUAGCAAGCCGCAGCUCUAGUAGUGUGGUUUCAGAGGUUAUUCUGUACUUGACCAGCGGUUUAACCUGCUGCAACCAGUUCCCCUCCCGUACCCAAGGACGGGAUCACCAGGCGUUAGUCCUGGGCUGAAUCGUACCAGCAGGGAUUGUUUGCCGCUGAUCUCCUGGUGCAGGUUCAGCUUACGUCUGCUUGCUGCCGCGCGCCAGCCAAGGGCUGCUUUAUUUGAACGGGCAACUGCAAACCUGGCAUCGCUUCCACUUACGGGACAUGGAUUUUACAUUUGGCAGAUAAAAGUUGGUUUUACGGGAAAAUAAAUGACAAAAUGAGCUGUAUCAGAGGUCUGGACUGUGAGUGAAGGACCGACCUCACUGCCAGGAGCAAAACAGAGCUGGGGCUGGACAUGCCUGGUGUGUAGCCCUGAAAAUUGGGCUGAUGGGAAAGCUGUUUUCUCACCAGAGACACUCUCUUAUCACUGAAUGGACUACAUAAACCUAAGUAAGCAAGCGUUAGGAUUUUGAACAUAAAGAACAAAAGAAGAGGUUGAAACAGUGGGAACAGGCCCAGCGGGUGGCAGAAAGCCCAGCGCUUCUGCCAGGAGACUGUUCCAUAAUCAAGUCUUGAAGCUCACUUGCUUAGAACAGCAUGGGUGGCUCACCGCUCUCUUCACCAAGGAGCUGGAUUUAACUAACAACCAGGUUCUUAAAAGGAUUCAAAUGAGCUCCUGCUGCAGGUUUGAAGCGACAGAGAUCCGUGCUUUUAGCAGCGCAGUUCUCUGUAUUGAAGGGGCCAAAGCAGCAGCAAGGGGUGGUUUGGGGAUUAAAAACACAUCGUAAGAAUUACGUUCCCCAUUCAACUGGUUGCACGCUUACCAGUUGCUCUGUAACGGAACACUGGGCUUUAAUUUGGUAUUGGCAAUUAAGAGACAGAGCAGUCACAGGAGGCAAAUACUCCCGACAGCCCCGAGAACUUGGUUUCGCAGAGGUGGACCACUGCCUCCGAGCCGUAGCAAACACCGAUCCAUACGGUGGUAAGAUGCAAUGCAUGGCGCGGGAGCUAGGUGCACCGGGGCUCACCUCCAGCCUGCGCAGGGUAUUUUUAGCUUCUAGAAGAAAUUUGCUUUGGCAAAGGUUCUAAAAUAUCUUUAGAUCUAAGAUAUAGCCUUACUGGAAUAUUUUAAUCCAAUUCUAAGAGAUCCCACAAUUAAUAAACAGGUUUGAGGCAGGAGCCAAGAGCUUUUUCAAUACCUUUUUCUUUUGAUCCCACUAAGUACUGCCAGCUCUCCAUAAGUAUGCCCCAGUUUGGGUGUGGAGUUAGUUUGUGUUCUUCCUGAAACGCACCCUUGCCCACCCCAGCAUCUGCAGUUUUUUUCCAGCAGCAGUGCAGAACCAGUGCUGGAAGCAAAACCUUCCCGCAAUCCAGGUGCGGGGAGAGCGUCGGAUAUGAAACGGAUCGCUUCCUACCUGUGUGCAUCGUGGAACUGAACAGCUUUCAAAGAUGUUCCGGCUUAAAACAACAAGGAGAUGUUAUCCCUUUGGUGCUUCUAGUGCACCAAACUGCAGCUUGCCUAGAAAGCAGCACAUCCCUGCAGUGAAACCCGGGAU